AUGCCGGCAAGUGUACCGAAUGCACACGCGACUAUCUUCUCAGGUCAUUAUGUUAGCUCGUUAUUAUACAGCGAUCAGAUCUUAUCGAUCGAUCAGGAAUAUGUGGAAGCAAGAAGCGAUCUCAGUACGACCAAACGAGCGCUUGGCAAAUGGGCUGAAGCUGAAGAAAGGUGGUGGCGAGCGAUUAGACUGCGACCUGGGUAG